ACCCGACAUGUGUCUGACGACAGUUUUUAGAAAGCCGGACUGCGCCAAACGACUGCGAAGACGAGACACUUGUCCGCGUGUCGGGCUAAUUGAGAAUUACAUAAACAAAUCGGUUUCGUAAACCGCGGACAGAUAAAAGAGGCUUCCUCUGUGCUUAUCUCUGUUCCUGUUGCGCGGUUUCCAAAUUAGGAUGUGGGACUGGGGGAAGUUGUGAGUUGAGUAUUUUCGGUUGGAUGAAUGGACGAGUGGAGCCAUAUGUGCUGUGCGAAUUACACUCAUGUUUGCAAUUUGACGAAGGAAGAACCGCCCAUUCGAAGCGAGACCAUCGAAGAACUGAAAAGCAAACUCGAACACAGAGACUUACUGAGUCAUUGUCCAGACGACAACCCGGAGAAGAGAGAAAUGAUUCCUGAAGGAGUGAGGACGGGAGGUGGAGGAGCGCACGUGGUGACGGACGAAGGAGGAUUGAUCGUACCCCGGAAGCCAGCGAAUCCGGUGCGCGAAGACCCCGGACGACAGAACCUGCACAAGGAGUUGCUCUUCAAUCAAAAAAUUGGUAAAAACGUUCUAAGUCAAAAGACGGAAUUGCAACGGGCUAUGGAGAAACAAAAAGACAACAUGGCGAAAAAGCAAUUGGAAAAUCGGCUGGCUUCGAAUAAACCUGAAUUGGAAAAGGUGAUUGCAGACAGGGCGAGGAAAAUUGAAAAUCCUGACCAACAAGAUAAAAACGAAGAUGACAAAGUGAUAAAUCCAGAAUUCAUUCAGGCCAGAAUGAAACUGAAAAACCGACAAGACUUUAAAUAAUACCUAUCUGCGUCUAAAGUUAUCCUUUAUUAUUUCUUGUAUAUGUCAAAUAAAUUAGCAUUUAAUUUAACUGUUUAACUUUAUGUGAUAAGUAUUUUUUAGGUAAAUUAAGAGAGUCUGUGUACAUUGUGAAUUAAUAAAAAUAUUUUUCCUAUA